GGCUUUUCGAUCAGUUUUUGAAAUGCAUGGGAGGUGUGAGACCGUUAUCAAUGUUUACUGACCAGGCUGCUGCAAUUGCUGCUGGUAUAAGGUCUGUUUUCCCAGAUUGUUUUCAUGGGUUGUGUACAUGGCAUAUUGCUCAGAAUGCAGUUGUUAAUCUGGGAAGUUUGUGUGACUCUGAUUUCCUUCGUGAGCUUAGUUAUUUGAUGUAUAAUGCUGAUGAUGAGGAUGAUUUUGAGUAUAAUUGGAAGAAGAUGAUUGAGAAGUGUUUUCCUGGGAAGGGACCUUUGGGACACAGUUGGUUACAGGGCAUUUACAAAGUCAGGACGAAGUGGUCUUCAGCCUGGGUGAAUUGUCAUUUUGGUGCGGGAAUGAAGAGUACCCAGCUAAGUGAGUGCUGCAAUAGUAAUAUUCGACAUUACUUGCAGUCAGAGUUUAGCGUUAGUAGGUUCUUUGUGCACUUUGAGAGGAUGCUUGAUAAUAAGAGGGAUGCUGAAGAACAAGAAGAGUACUAUGCGUUAUCUAGGUUGGCUGAUUCUCGGUUUUCUACUAGCCCUAUUGUGAAGCAAGUUGCUAAUGUGUAUACGCCGAAGAUAUUCAAGUUUUUCCUGGAUCAGUACAAGGAAUCCCUUGCGUAUAAUAUCUUUUCCAAUACGGAGAUAGAACCAGAAGGACAUGUAGGACUGUUUGAUGUCUUCAUAUUGGAGGAUGACCUUACAAGGUUGGAUAGUAGGGUGUUGAAGGUUGAUUUUGAAAACGGUGAAAUCAAGUGUUCGUGCCGUAAGUGGGAGUCAAGUGGUAUGAUCUGUAAGCAUCAAAUUAAGGGAUAUGAUAUGUUGUGGUCUACAACGUGCAAUCUGAAGUUCCAGCACAUUCCUAGCAGUUUGAUUUUGAAGCGGUGGACAAGGGCAGCGAAAACUGGAGGGAACUUUUCUUUUGAAGUUCCGUCUACUGAUAGUCCAUCGAAAUACCGUUCUCGUCUUUUCAAUCUGUCAGCUGUUUCUGCAUCAAUGAUCAGCAGGGUUGCAUUGGAUGAUGAUUUGUAUAAAUCAGCCAUGGCCUUCAUGACUGAUUUGAUCAAAAAGUGUGAAGCCCUAUCGAUUACUGAACCUGCUGGAACAAGCACAUCUUCUAACGGUGACAUUUGUUUUUGUUAUCUUGGUAUAGAUGAUGUACCGGUCCAAAAAGUGAAGGGGUUUAAGCCUAAAAAAGAUUCAUUCAAGCCUUCGAAACGACCAAUUCCAGCUGCGGAGGCUGCAAGGGCUGUAAGCAAGAAGAAGAGAAAAACUAGCAGGCUUGAGGAGGAGAAUUUGAAGGCUGUUGAAGAAAGUUUAAGGCUGAAGCUGUAAUAGUUUUCUUAUAGGAUUAUCUGAAUGAAUGGUUGAUGCUGGUUGAGUUGUUGAAGCUAUUUUGUUCUUUUGGAUGGGUUUUUGGUUUUGUUGGAUUAAUUUUACACUGUUAUACC